AUGAGAGUGAAGACUCGAUGUGAGUGGAAGCCUAACCUCACUGUACAUUAUGAGAAAUCUGGUUGUGAAAACGUGGAGGCUCCUGCGGUUUUGCUUCUUGGUGUUGGGUUGUCUCUCCCCACUCAAGAUCCUACUACUACUACUAGUUCUGUUACUAGUACUUCCGUGUCUGAAGAUAAUGAAUCGUUUUGGGGAUUUGGUGAUGAAGCUCAACCAUGGGCUGAUCAACUUGUAUACUCCCUUGAUCUCUGGAGGGAAAAAGUUCAGUAUAUUGUAGAAGAGGUUAUUGGUGAGCCAGUGUACAUUUGGGGGUAUGUAGCUCUCUACUUUGCAGCAACCCACGUUCCCAAAUCUUGGAAACAGCAGCCACUGAGACACAACAUCGAUGAAACUUCAGUAGUUCUUCCGGUUGCCCUGUUCAAAUCUCUCAGACAUUUCAUCUCCCAAGGUCGUCUCUCUGAAGGUUUCAGAGCUUUCUCUCUUCUCCUUGGUCGUCGUCACCAGUCUGGUUCUCAUGAAUUGGUUUUGCAAUCUGCUGCUUCCCUUUUAUCCACCUUCGUGGAGUUUAAUGAGUUUCUUCCAGGGCAGCAGAUUCAUGCUCAUUGUAUCUCCUCAGGUCUGGAGUUUGAUCAUGUUCUGGUCUCAAAGCUUGUUACUUUCUACUCUGCCUUUAAUCUCCUUCAUGAAGCUCAGACCUUUACUGAGAGAUCUGGCGGCGUUUUCCAUCCCUUGCCGUGGAAUGUGCUCAUCGGUUCUUAUGUUAGGAACAAACGUUUUGUUGAGGCAGUCUCUGCUUACAAGCGAAUGGUUAGUAAAGGAAUUAAACCGGAUGCGUUUACUUACCCGUCUGUUCUCAAGGCCUGUGGAGCGUUGCUUUGGAUAUGAAUAGUGAACCCUUUUUGAAUAUGAUAACGAGUAGGUGGUGAAUUAUCUGAUGCGAGGGUGGACUCAACCUCUAGUGUUUUUAUUGUUUUGUCUUGAUGCAUCAAAACUCUGUUUAGAACCAGGAGGAGUGUUCAGAGUUGGAUCUUUUAAAGGAAGAGAUUUCAAAGCUUCAAGAAAAACACUUACAACUACAGGGUAAGCGUUUGAAUCCUCUGAGCUUGAAAUAGCUGCAACACCUUGAGAAGCAACUAAAUUUCUCACUAGUAUCUGUGAGAGAGCGAAAGAACUAAUGUUGACUAAAAGACUUGAGGAAUCUCGGCUGAAGGAACAGCGAGCAGAGCUAGAAAAUGGACCUUACGUAGACAGAUGAGUGCAACCACUCUUUUAUCAUUUGUGUUGAAUCUUCUCCUAUCAGAUGAUAUUUCUUUCUCCUACUUCUAAUCAUCUUCUCUUUUGAAAUAUUUAAUUUAUUGAUCAACUCUGAAAAAAUAAAUGUACAACCUGUGGCCCUUUGUUUUGGGUUUUUAUUCUUAAAGGUUUAUAAACCA